CAGCGCGGCCCGGCCGCCAUCUUGAGUGUGGCACAGGGCGGCUCCCUACCCCCCGAGCCAUGCGCGCUGGCUGAGGCGCGGUGCCCGGCGCAUGCGCAGCGCGGCCGGCGGGGGACGGCGGCGGGCGAAUUGAGCGGCCGGGCCUGAGAGCAGUGCAACCAAAUAUGAGGCGAUCGGCAGCUCCAAGUCAAGUGCUAGGAAAUGUAGCCAAAAAGCCGAGGUUUAUACCACCAGGAAAAAGUAAUGCGCUCUGUCCCAAGACUGAAACUAAGGAGGUGGACCAAGACAUGAAAUUAAAGGAGAUAAAUGAGCAACAGGGAAGUGAUUCAGAGCUUUCUAAAAUACACAGCCAGAAUCAAACUGUAAAUUUUACACAACCUGUGGAGUCAACUGCAAAAGUUAAGACAACAACAGCGUGGAACAGCGGCAGUAAGUGCAGCAGGCUGGAAAUGAAAAUGCUAAGAACGCCCAAAGCCGAUGCAGCGUGUUUGCCAACAUCAGGAACGGCAAAGGAAGAAGCAGCACAGGAAGAACCUGACUGCCCUACAAAAUAUUUCAGUGUUGUGUGGUGUAAGGCAUCAAAGAAAAAGCACAAGAAGUGGGAAGGCGAUGCUGUUCUUGUGACAAAAGGAAAGUCGGUAAUUUUGAAAGAUAUGGAAGGCAAAGACAUUGGAAGAGGUACUGGAUAUAAACCUAAAGAGUUAGACAGUCUUGAUGAAGGUCAAACACUGAUGAUUGGAGGAAAAGAAAUUGAAGUGAUGGGUGUAAUUUCAGCAGAUGACUUCAGCAGUGGCAGGUGUUUUCAGACUGGAAUAGCGACUCAUGACACAGUCCCAACUGCUUUACCUCAAGCUACUAUGAAACGAUUCUGUAAACCGUUCAAAAAUGUCUGUCAACCCAAUACUAAAGAGAAUAUUCUCAACAAUUCUCAAAGCUGCAAACCUCGCCAUGAUCCCAAUGCUUCAAAUUCUCUGGUUAUGCCAAGACCAAAUGCAAGCCAUCAGUGGAUGUUCAAUAAGGCAGGUCUACCUGUGGUGGAUGUAGUUGUGGAUCCUUACAUUGCAAAUAACCUCCGACCACAUCAGAAAGAAGGAAUUGUAUUUCUAUAUGAAUGCGUAAUGGGAAUGAGAGUUAGUGGCAGAUUUGGAGCUAUUCUUGCUGAUGAAAUGGGCUUAGGAAAAACCUUGCAAUGCAUUUCACUUGUCUGGACUCUCCUGCGUCAAGGGGUUUAUGGAUGCAAACCUGUACUAAAGCGAGCACUAAUUGUGACCCCUGGGAGUCUGGUAAAAAACUGGAAAAAAGAAUUUCAGAAAUGGUUGGGAAGUGAAAGGAUCAAAGUCUUUACAGUUGAUCAGGACCACAAAGUAGAAGAAUUCAUCAGUUCUCCACUUUAUUCAGUUAUGAUAAUCAGUUAUGAGAUGCUACUACGAUCUUUGGAACAAAUUCAGGCAAUAGAAUUUAACCUCCUGAUCUGUGAUGAAGGACAUCGUCUGAAAAAUAGCUCCAUUAAGACAACUACAGCCCUUACUAGUCUGCCUUGUGAGAGGAGAAUUAUCCUUACUGGUACUCCAAUCCAAAAUGACUUGCAAGAAUUUUAUGCGUUAAUAGAGUUUGUAAAUCCGGGAGUACUUGGUUCUUUGUCCACAUAUAGAAAAAUAUAUGAGGAGCCGAUUGUCAGAUCCAGAGAACCUUCAGCAACAAUGGAGGAAAAGGAAUUAGGAGAAAAAAGAGCAGCAGAACUCACACGCCUCACUGGACUCUUUAUUCUUAGGAGAACACAGGAGGUUAUAAACAAAUUUCUCCCCCCAAAAAAGGAGAGCAUAAUCUUCUGCCGACCAACAGCACUGCAACUUGAACUGUAUCGAAAACUGCUUAGUUCUCAAGUUAUUAGAUCCUGUUUACAAGGCAGGCUAGAAAAUAGUCCUCACCUAAUAUGUAUAGGAGCUUUGAAAAAACUUUGCAAUCAUCCAUGUCUUCUGUUUAAAGCUGUAAAGGAAAAAAGCUGUGAUCCGAUGAAUGAUGAGCAUGAUGAGUCCAGUCUCUAUGAAGGUCUAACGGAUGUCUUUCCACAAGAUUAUACUUCUGACACUUUCUCUGAAACUGAUUCAGGAAAAUUGCGGGUGCUGGUGAAGUUGUUAGCAGCAAUCCAUGAGCUCAACUCUUCUGAAAGGGUCGUACUAGUAUCCAAUUACACUCAGACAUUGAACAUAUUACAGGAGACAUGCAAAACUUAUGGAUACUCUUAUACGAGACUUGAUGGACAUACUCCUGUCUCCCAGAGGCAACAUAUAGUUGAUAGCUUCAACAGUAAAUUCAGUCCAGCUUUCAUCUUCUUGCUGAGCUCAAAAGCUGGCGGAGUAGGACUGAAUCUGGUCGGGGCAUCUCACUUGAUCCUGUAUGAUAUCGACUGGAAUCCAGCUACGGAUAUUCAGGCAAUGGCCAGAGUGUGGAGAGAUGGUCAAAAACAUACUGUACAUAUUUACAGACUGCUAACCACAGGCUCAAUAGAAGAAAAGAUUUAUCAAAGACAGAUCAGCAAACAAGAUCUUUCUGGGGCGGUUGUAGACCUUUCCAAGACAUCCGAACACAUCCAUUUUUCCGUUGAGGAGCUCAAAAAUCUCUUCACACUUCAUGAAGAUUCCAGCUGUGUUACCCAUGACUUGCUUGAGUGUGAUUGUAUGGGAAACAAAGACCAUCAAAAUCCUUCCUCGGAAAAGCCUUCUGCAUCUAGAAGUUGCCAGCUUGGACAAGACCAGGGGAAGCCUAAUUCAAAGAAGCCACUCUCUAUGUCACAGCUGAUGCAAUGGAAACAUUUCUCAGGGCAGCAUCAGGCUCUAGCUGAUCCUUUCCUUGAAAGGAUCAAAGAGAAUGUUUCUUUCAUUUUCCAGAACGUAACGAGUCCAACUUCCCCUGCCCAAUAAAACUUGAGUGUCUUUCCCUACCACUUGCAUCCUCCUCCUCAUGGGUAUGGUGAAACAACCAAUGUGCAGUUACCUUUUGUUCUUUUUGCCAAAUUUUUUAGGGUGUUUAUGAUGAGGUUUCAGGAUAAAUGUGAUUAUACGAUUCCUGAGGUUUAUAAAAAGUUACAGUUAUUACUAAGUUAAUCAUAAUUGCAAUAAUUGUAAUACAGGUUUUUGAAUCUAACUUUGCUUUCAAGUCUCCUGUUCCUUUGAUAUCAUAAUUAGUAAGAUUAUUUUUAUAUGCAGUCUUAUGUAUGUCUACUUUGUUAUAUGGUUUUCAUUGGAUCAUAAUGAUUUAUUACUUGUAAAGCUGGCAACCCAUCAGCCACAUUUGGUGCGAUUAGGCAAUGCUAUAUACAUGCAUAUGCUGUUUACAAGAGUCUGGCUGGAUUUUUGUUUUGACAACGAAAAGUUAUGUAUCUGUAUAAUUGUCUUUAUAACAAGAGGAGGUGUUUGUUCACUUUUUACAGUUUAAUUCUAUUUACAGUUUAAUUCUAGUAGGAGCAAUAGCCACUGAGGUCUUAAAGUCUGAGGCCAUGGCUUGUUGUGUCAAAAUGUUAUGAAAUUCACCUAUUGCUUUUCCUUGGAAAAAUAAACAAACUUCAUUUCUCAGGCAUGCA